CUCAACAUUGGCGCAGAGGCUAAACUUAAGAGAAGUGUCAAAACUGUUGAUGAUUUUGUUUACAAAUUAAUCAGUAACAAAGUGGAACUAAUGAAAAGUUCACAAAGCAAUGUCUCAGAAAUGCAGAUGAAAAAGGAUGAUAUCUUGGCAAGGUUCCUGGAGCAGAGCGACACUGAUUUGAAGUAUCUGAGAGAUAUAAUCUUGAGCUUUGUAAUUGCGGGUAAAGACACAACAGCAGUUACACUUUCAUGGUUUGUUUACAUGCUUUGUAAACACCAGAAUAUACAGGAAAAGGUUGCUGAAGAAGUAAGGAAAAUUACGAAAAUGGAAGGAGUUGGAAAAUUUUCAGAACUUGCUGCUAGUUUGACAGAAGAAUCACUUGAAAGAAUGCAGUAUUUACAUGCUGCAUUGACAGAAACUCUCAGACUCUAUCCAGCAGUUCCAAUGGUAAUUCUAGCUAGUCGCAGUCAGAAAAUUUCAUUGCUCUCAUAAUCUCAUUGUUUGUUCUCUUCCUUUUUAUUUUUCUCUUUUGUGUUACACGUUACUUGCUGAAGUUUAUGUCAAUUUCAGAGGCACAUUCCAACUUAUCAUAUAUCAACCAAGCUAAUUUCUACCUUUCUCUCAA